UAGUAAUUCAGAAUAUUUUCAUCAAUUAAAUGAACCUAUGGAUUAUGCAUCAGAUUCUAGUGGAGAUAGUGUGGUGAAUAACUCAAGAAGAAAUGUUUCAUCAAGAAAAAUAUCUUCAUCAUCAUCAGUGCAAAGUGCAUUUUCUAUAGACAGUAUUCUCGGUAAAAAAGAUGUUCAAAAGAGUGAUUUUGAAGUUGAAGUUCAAGAUAGACUUCAACAUGAUAACAGUGAUAAAGAAAUUCAUAAAGAAUUUAAAGAAGAUCGAGGACAUUUCGUGAAGCCGACCGCGAUACCAGCUGUACCUGGAAAUUUAUAUUAUGAAAAUAGUAUGAAUAGAAGUUAUUUUCCUUCUGAUUUGACUUUUGCUGACAACUUUAGAGCUCCAACAGAAUAUCCAACAUCAUUGACUUCAGCACCAUUCUUAUAUGGGAACUGGUUUACUCAAUCUAAAGCUAAUCAAUUAUUUGGACUUCAAGCACCCAAACCUAGUGGAAGAAGGUCCAGGAAACCUGGGAUUGAUCGAAAACCUAGACAAGCUUACAGUGCGAAACAACUGGAAAAAUUAGAAGCUGAAUUCAAAGUCGAUAAAUAUUUGAGUGUCAGUAAACGUAUGGAGUUGUCGAAGACUUUGAACUUGACGGAAGUUCAAAUAAAAACAUGGUUUCAAAAUCGAAGAACCAAAUGGAAGAAACAAUUGACGUCUAGACUGAAAAUUGCUCAACGUCAAGGUCUCCUUUCAUCUGCCUAUUUUCCAUCAACUCAGUAUUCAUUGUUACCUUAUUACACAUCGCCCUUGAUGUUAAAUACAGUUUUGACUGAAGAUCCCGUGUCUUCAACGUUGCCCAGUAAUCAAGCCAUGCCACCAACUGAUAGAAUUGCUUAAGAUUGGUAAUCAUAUUCGUGAUCAAUACAAGGCAAAUAUUGAAUUGGCGCCAGUAACAUAUUCUACACAUAUGUUUGAUUAUGUUAUCUAUUCGUUGCUUUACUCACGUAGACUGAAUUUAACAGGGCCAUUGAUAUUUACGUUUUGUUUAAAUAUUAAAUAUAUCAGUAAAUUAUUAAAAAAUUAACAU